UUUUACAAGAACAAUCUUAGUCAGGACUUGGAGCCAACGAGAUCCGAUAUCAGCUUCAUCUCGGGAGGAUUGAGCCGACACAGAGGGCCUUCUAUCCCACAGAGGAGCGCUGGCGUUCAGCUCCUUCAUCCUCACAGAUGUACUCUACCGGCGUGGAAGUCCUGGGGAUGAUCCUGGCGGUGGCCGGAUGGCUCGGGGUGAUGGUGGCGUGCGGUCUGCCCAUGUGGCGAGUGGCCGCCUACAUUGGCCAGAACAUCGUCAUCUCCCAGGUGAUCUGGGAGGGUUUGUGGAUGAACUGUUCGGUCCAGAGCACGGGCCAGAUGCACUGUAAGGUGCACGACUCCAUGCUGGGGCUGCCGGUAGACCUGCAGGCGGCCCGGGCCCUGGUCAUCGUCUCCAUGGUGCUGUGCAUUGUGGGUAUCGGUCUGUCGGUCGCCGGGGCAAAGUGCACCAACUGCAGCCGGGACGUGAGCAGUAAACCCCGGCUCAUGGUGGCAGCGGGGGUGACGUUCAUUGUGGCCGGAAUGCUGCUGCUGGUGGCCGUGUCCUGGACGGCCCACGCCAUCGUCAUGGGCUUCUACGACCCCAUGCUGGAGGAGACGGGGAAGAGGGAGUUCGGGAACGCUCUGUACUUCGGUUGGGCGUCCUCCUGCUUGCUGGUGGUGGGGGGGGCGCUGCUGUGCUGCUCCUGUCCUCCAAAGGCAGCGACGACGCUGAGCGGUUCAGCGCCGCCACGGAGAGACUACUCAGCCAUCAAGACCAUGUCCGUCAACGGGUACACCAAACGGGACUACGUAUGA